UUUACACAUACACCAACAAUGAAAAUAAAGUUUAUAACGACAAACCAAUGAUGCCCAUUAAUCCCAAUGUGUACAAAUAAAUACGUAGUACAUAGUAAUUGAUAAAAAGUUGAGUUUUGAUUGUACAAUGAUCAAACCAGUAUAAUGAAAAAAACCUGUUUAAUACUUUCAAAAAAAAAAAAACCUGUUUAAUGAAAAAAAACCCAUCAAAAUUGAGUUUUGAUUGUACAAUGAUCAAACCAGUACAAAGAAAAAAAACCUGUUUAAUUCUUUAAAAAAAAAAAACCUGUUUAAUGAAAAAAAAACCCAUCAAACAAACUAUCGCUGUAUUGACUAAAUUGGAGUAAUUGAAAAAGAAGUUUCGUUGACUGUCACGCUAUUCAGGUUGGUCUAUUAUAUUGAUCCUCCUGCAACUCUAAUACAACCAACUUUUAUUCUCCGUCAAACUUCUCCAACUCCGAUUUCUUCCCUUCUCAUUUUCUCUCUCCUCUCUCUGAAUUCUCAACCUUAAACCAUAAAAAUGGUAGCAUCAACAUCAAAAACCAUUGAUGAACUUCAGAAACAACUUCCUCUGAAACAAGAUACUCUGCUUUUGUCCGACGAUUGCUCCACCGGACUUGUCCUCGUCGACAUCGUCAAUGGCUUCUGCACCGUCGGCGCUGGAAACCUCGCUCCGAAAGUGCCGAAUGAGCAAAUCGUAGCAAUGGUGGAAGAAUCGGCGAAAUUAGCUAGGGUUUUUUGCGAUAAAAAAUGGCCGGUUUUCGCAUUCCUUGAUUCUCAUGAUCCUCUUAUUCCUGAACCUCCUUAUCCUCCUCAUUGUUUUGCUGGCACUUUUGAAUCCAAAUUUGUUCCAGAAUUGGAAUGGUUGGAAGGUGAAGCUAAUGUAACAAUGAGGCUUAAAGAUUGCAUUGAUGGAUUUCUCGGUUCCAUUGAGAAAGAUGGAUCCAAUGUGUUUGUUGAUUGGGUGAAAGCAAACAAGCUUAAAGCUGUUUUGGUUGUGGGUAUAUGUACAGAUAUAUGUGUGUUGGAUUUUGUAUCCUCUGCACUUUCAGCCAGAAAUCGAGGCAUCCUUACUCCUCUGCAAGAUGUGAUUUUGUACUCUCGAGCUUGUGCUACCUAUGAUCUUCCAUUGCAUAUUGCAGAAAUCAAAGAUGCAAUAUCACAUCCGCAGGAUUUGAUGCAUCAUAUAGGUCUUUACAUGGCUCAGGGAAGAGGAGCCAAAGUGGUGUCAGAGGUGUCCUUCACUACAUAACUGCAAGACUUGGUGCCCCAAAUGCUGCAGGUUCACGAACUUCUUGUGCGUGAACAUGAUCAUAUUUUAGGUCUAUAUAAAACUCUUUUUGAGGACUUUACAUGUAUUAUGAACUAAUUCAACUUGGUUGAUGUCUCUUUAAAGUUUAAACCACACAAAAUUGAUAAAAAUAGGGAUUUUUUUUUUUCUCAA